AACAAGAAGGACGGUCAGUAACGGGAUUUUUGAAAAUGAUCAGAUCUACCAGGAACCUUUGGAGUACUGCACAUAUUUGGAGAAUAGAUCACUUCAAUGGGGAGCUCGUUGGUCGUUUGUGAUGAAAAAACUGCCAGUGCUUGUCUAUCCUGAGUCAGAGGAACAGAUUGAGACUUUGGUCGAAGCUAAAGUGUAUUUACGUGUACGACUGGGACAGCUAUGUUUUUAUUGGACAAAGAAAUCCUUGAGUGGAAGAACCAAACGUAAGAAAACAAUUCUUGAUGAAUGAGUUUCUGCUGGUUCAACAAGUUGCAGCGCAAAUCUUACCGCAAGUGUUUUGCAGAGUUACAACAGUAGAGGAUGCUUGUAUUUCCUGUUCGCUCUGCGAAAGCAAAGAUAUACAACUGUAUUUGACUCAUCAAAGUGCCAUGUGCACCCACUCAGUCCGUGUAAUCGGUUUCAAGAAAUGGCCUCAGGGAAGUGUUUACACGAGUGGUGCCGUGUCACAUGCUCCAGCUAUCCCAGUGUGGAGAUAAGAAACAUGUCAUCCUCAUUCAAAGAUGGACUUGCAUUUUGUGCCAUCAUCCACAAACACCGACCUGACCUGAUAGAUUUCAAUUCGCUCUCCAAAGAUAAUGCAUAUCAGAAUAACAAACUGGCAUUUGAGGUUGCAGAGACGAAAUUGGGGAUCCCUGCAUUGCUGGAUCCAAAGGACAUGGUCUCCACAAAGGGGCCUGAUUGUUUGAGUGUCAUCACAUACCUUUCUCAGUACUACUACUUCUUCAACAGGAAAUCCUGCGCAGGUCCCUCCAGAUCAUGGUCACUUCACAUCACCGUCUUAAACAAUAUUACAAAGAGCAAUAAAAGUCCUGAUGGCCCAAAAAGCUUGAAGAGCCCGACUGACCUGGAAGCAAGAACAGAAGGUCGUUUUGCCAACACAAGGUCGCAGACACCAUGUAAUUUGUGUUUCAAGCCUGUGCACCUCAUACAGAGACAUCUGAUUGAUGGGAAGGUGUAUCAUCGUAGCUGUUUCAGGUGCAAAGUGUGCCACUGCACUCUUUUACCAGGGUCAUUCACACAAGGAAGCGAUACUGGCUCCUUGAUCUGUGCUUGCCAUGUAGCGGACAGUAAAAGCCUUAAUGCUGAUGUCAACCAGGAAGUUGAAUCCACUGAUAACCAGCCCAAAUGUAGAUUUCAGGCAGGUUUGAGCUCUCCGGGGGAACUGACUGUCACCAGCGUAUCUCAUUACACCAAGAAACUAGAGUCACAGGAUAGACUGGUUAGUAAAACACUGCAAAAGCAUGCCGUAAAAGAGCAGGAGGGGAGCAGAGAGGAGGAGGACAAAGGAAACUCGUGUGUUGGAUCUCAUCAUCCUCCCCAACCCACUGUGAAAGAAAAGACAUUUGACGGGGCUAAAAAAAACAAACUUUUGCCCACUCAUGCAGACAGUAAAGAACAGCAGCCACCGUGUGCUCAAGUGACUGAAAGAAGUACUCGACCCGUUCCAGCACCCAGACGAAGCAUGGAUGCCUAUGUAGUCCCCGUUCCUGCACCCAGGACCAGAACUGUCCCAACUAUGACCAGUUCUCCAGGUGGUUCAGGCACUCAAUCUCCCUCAGGUUCUUCACAAAUCACAAGCCCCAAAGUGAUGACCAACCAUCCAUGGAUGACCAUUGUACAUUCUGGUCCCUGGACGCAGCUGCCUCCUGCUCCGGCCCCCAUACCUCUUCCUCGAUCCAAAUCUGUCCCUAACGCGCAGGGGUUAUGGAGAAGACGCAAGAUCCCACCUCCCAAUCCAUUUGAAGAGGAUGAGGAGCUUGAGGACACUGGGGGGGAAGCUGUUAAACCUGAAUCUGAGGCCGCUGUCAAUUCAGAGGACAGCAGGGACGUGCAUGCUGUGGUUUGUUCGAGUGUGGCCCAUAAUCCUGCCAGGGAACCUGAGCAGAAUGAAGGAAAACCGCUGGUCAAAACAGAUGUCAAAGAGGAUGCUGGAGAAGGGACACCUGACAGAGCAAAGGGAGUGACUGCCGUUACUGACGCAGAAAAGGCAUCAGCUGAACAGGCGGGAGGUGUUCACCAGACUGAGGCAUCAGAUGAGACAGAAGAGGUGGCAGAUCUCCACACCGCUUCAGCACAGAGUCACAAGUUACCCAGAAGUCUGUCUGUGCCAGCUAUCACAUCUGAGCACUCUCCAACUCACUCUGAGUCGAAUGAAUCCAUCACAUCAUGUCAGGGAACGCCAACCUCUAAAGAAAAUCCUUUCAAUCGGAAAUCUGAAAUGUCCAAAUCAAAGACUUUGCAGGACAUCUCAUCCAGUCGGGGUCCUGCUCCUGGCCACGGUUUCCCACUCAUCAAAAGGAAGGUGCAGACAGACCAGGGUUUUUCUGUGGAAAACCUGCAGGCCGAAAUGAGAGAACUACAUCAACACCUGGAAACCCUGGAACAGAGAGGAGUUCAGCUGGAGAAGAGUCUCAGAGAGGGAACAAGCAGUAAAGAUGAAGAAGAAAUACUGACAGAGUGGUUCUCUCUUAACCAUGAGCGACAGAUUUUGUCACGCAAAGAUUCAGAACUGGUCUCUCUAACAAAGCAGCAAAAGUUAGACGACAGACAAGCAGACGUGGAGUACGAGCUCAGAUGUCUCCUCAAUAAACCUGAAAGUGACUGGAGCCGGGAGGAUCGAGAACGAGAGCAGCAGCUGAUGGUUGAGCUGGUCGCCGUCAUCGAGCAGAGGAACCAGAUCAUCAGCAGCUUGGAUCAGGACAGGCAGAGGGAAAGAGAGGAAGAUAUGCUUUGGGAGAGCAUGGUGAAGAACAAAGAUUUCCAGAAGGAAAGACUAAAAGACCUCAAGAAGUCCAAAGGAAAGUUCAAGCCUGCAAAAGUGUUUAAAUUACUGAACUAUAAAACUGAGAGCAGCAAGGACAAGCAGAAAAAGAACUGAAAAAACCCCCCAUCUUGUUGGGAAAUCUCUCAUAUUCCAGGAAAAUUCACCCAAACGGACACUUUGAUUCAGUUUCUUCGUGAAAGGUCAAUCUCUGAAAUCCAAAAUGUUAGAGUUAUUGGGGAAAUUAAUAUAUGUAUAUACCGGUAAGUUAUAGAUGCUUUUAUAAAAGAUCAUACAAAGCUGCAGUUAGUGCCUUGAUUUUUGAUGCCGUUUAGGGGCUCUUUCUGUUAUAUGUUCCUAACUGGAUGGACAUCUGCUUGGUCAGGACUUUAGUCCAUUUGAAACAUUUCAUCAGGAAUUUUGUUAAAGAUAAACACGAGAACUGGGAAAAAAAAUGUAUUCUUUUAUUUAUUAACAUUAUUACAAUUCAAACAUCCACUGGUGUCCACAAAACAUUUCAAAAUUAAAAAUCUUACUGUAGCAAACCUGUUCUUGUUUACUAAGUUUACUGGUCUGUUAUUGCGUUGGGAUUUAAAAAUGUUAAAAAGGAAUACAACAAAAACUUAACCAACAGAUAUCACGUGAUGAGUCUUUAGUGCUCUUCAGUCAGGCUUUUUUUUUUAGUAUUACAAGUGUUCAGUUAUUUAUUCUGAUGAGGGUAUUUAAAUGUGCUCUCAUGUUCUUAUAGUUGAACCUUUGCAAACAUUUUACUACAGAUUUUACAUUUACUUCACUUUAACAGAAAUCCUUAGUUUUGGAUCCAUUUUAUCUCAAAUGUAAACCCUUUUUGAUCUGUUUUAGUUUUCUGUUUCUGUAAACUGAAAGUCUUAAAAAGCAAUAAGGACACUAGACGUGCAAACACAUUUCCUUCACAGGACUUAGUUCCAAUCAGCAGAUUGACCCAAAUGUUAUCCAAAUGUACGUCUACGUCCUUAUUUUACUAUACUUUUACUUUAUGCAAAUUCUUGCAUAUCUGAUUAUAUAAUAUGUCGCAUAUUUGACCAUAGUACUUCAGAAUGCUUAAAUAAACCCAUAAUUUUCUUGUCAGUAACCAACAGAGGACUUUUUGUAUCUACCUGUAGUGUCUUAAUUUAGUUUUCCAUAUUUUUUUAUAUCACAACUUUUAUAUAAAGCAGUUUAUUUUAUGGUGAAUUUUGGAUCAUAGUUGCAUGAAGCUGGCCAAAACUGAUACAGCAUAUUAAUUUGUCUUUAUUAAAAAACAAACAAACAAAAAAUAUAAGCAUCUUUUUUCCCUUCUUUUUAUGUGUGGGCCAUCUUAACACACCUGUGAUGUUGAAACUGCCCAGAUACCCACAAAAAUGUGUUAUAAAGUGGAGGAGCAUUAAUCCACAUUCUCUUUCUACAUUGACUGUAAUUGAAUCCAUUAUUAAUUGUCUUCAUCAAGUCCAGAUUAAAUGUGCCUAAAUGAACCUUGUAAGUAAAUAAGUCUUGUACGCCCAGACAGGGUAAACAGUUCGUCACACAAGACAAAUAACCAUAUACACACACACACAAUUCAGCAUCACAAAUCAACCUAACAUGCAUCUUUCUGAACUGUGGUAGAAAGCGUGAAAACACAUGCGAGCUCCGGGAAAACAUUCCACUCCGCACAAUGUCCCCGGCUGGGAUUCAGAAUGGAAAUAUUCCUCCAAUGAGGUGAUAGUGUUAAUUAUCACACCCAGCUACAGAUGAAUUGUUUUGCUAAAACUUUCCAGUGUCAUCCACCCCUUUAAAAAUGUAACUAUGAGUUGACAUGCAAGGAUCCAUUUGAAACAUAUUUUCUGUAUUCAUUUUUGUGUAUUGUUAAACAAUUGUUUUCCAUUUUCUUUGCACAAACAAUUCAGUAUUAUCAAACUAAAAUUUGUAAUAUGUAUAUCUAUGUUUGCAAUAAUUAAAUACAACUUUAAGUUUAUUUUAUAAUGAUGUACUUUAUUGAACCGUCCAAUAAAAGUUGUUCUUGUUUUUUUGUAGUG